AUGGAUGCAAUUCAUAUUAUUAUGGCAACAUCAACAUCUGCAAAUCCACAUAAUUCACCAAAUAUUCGAAUAGAAAAUCUUGCAAAAAAAAGAAAACUAUCAGCAGUUACUUUUCUAGUUUUCGGAAUUUUAUUGAUUGUCGCUGGUUCUCUACUUGCAUCAUUUGAAAAACAAAGAUUUUCUGUUUCAUUUAUUGUUUUUGGUGGUAUUGGUAUUAUAUUUGCGUUUAUGUAUUGGAUAUCUGCUGAAAAAAUCUUAAUUGCAUUACGGAAAGUGAAUGCUGAACGAAUGAGACAAGCAAGAUAUUAUGCUCAAAAUUCUGGUAAUAUUAAUUUUGCAAAUACAAAUAAUGGAGAUUUCAACCGAUAUGUAAAUCCAUUUCAUACAAGUUUACCCAGUUAUGAACAGAGUGUCUUACAUCAGAUAGAUAUUCCACCGCCUUAUGAAGAAGCAAUCAAAAUUGAACCACCGAAUGAUACAACGAAUAAUUCUAGUCAUGAUGAUUCAUCUACACCUAUUCAUUCAAUAUCAUAUUCAGUUGAUCAAGCAGCUGCGAUGCCAAGUAGAUCUGAAGAAAUGCCAAAUCAAAAACGUACUACAUCGAACCUUUCAUCUCAAUAA